CUCACUCCGUGACAUGCUGUUAGCCUCUGUAGCGCUCAUAGGUGUAUACAUACAUACGCACACACACACGCACACACACACACACUCUGACUUUCUUUAUCUCUUUUUUUUGGGAAUGGUGCCAGUUUCACCAGCCAUCAGAGACAAUUCGCCAGUCAAAUGGUGAAACCACACACACACACACACACACACACAUACACAAAGACAUAUAGAUAAUACACACACAUUCUGCCACUCACUUGAGAAAUGACUUGAGAAGGGAGGACUGGAGGCAUCACAGAGGUCGGUCCCAGCCUGCGCUCGGUGCUACUACAGUACCGCCAUGAGACGCAGCCCUGUAUUCAGAUAGACAGGAGCAUAGCUCUGUGUACUGUAUAUACAACAUGGGUAACACAUUUAGCCAAGAAGACAUCUCUCCUGCUGAGCUGGAUGCUCUUUGGAGGGAACCACCAUAUACUCUUGGGGGAACAAAUGAUUACCUUUCAGGGAAUGACAUCAUGACUCAAGGUGGAGGUGAGGAGGAGGGCGGUCCACUGGGGGAGUCGGUUGAAGGAGAGGUGGAGCCUGACAGUUACUGGAAGAAGAAAGAGGCCUUUUUUAGAAGAAGUACAGUGUCACUGGGAGAUAAAUUCUCCUCAGAAAUCUCGCUGUUGUUCACUGGGCGGAGGCGCUCCAGUGUGGCUCCUGACCGAAGCCUACAGGAAGCACUGCGCACACGACUACGAGUGGUGGAGAGCAACAGCCAGGACGUGAUCCAGCUCUUUAAAGACUUGUCUGCACGUCUGGUGUCUGUCCACGCCGAGAAAGACAGCUUUGUACUCACAUUCAAGACUGUGGAGGAAAUCUGGAAGUUUUCAACUUACCUGGCAUUGGGCUAUGUGGCUCGCUGCUUGGAGAACUUCCUGUGUGAUCAGUCCUUCUGGCUGGACCCAGAGCUGCUCAGCGACCUGGAGAUUAAAGUCAGCGUGGAUGAGGAACAUCUGGCCACACUCUACCUAGGACUUUUGGUCCAGGAAGGAUCCUUUUUUGCGAAGGCGCUAUUCACAAGAAGUGAGCAGGAUGUAGAUGACGAAGAACUGCUGCCAUUCAAAAAGAAUGACCUGCUGAUGGUCAAGGACACAGGGCAGGACAACAUGCGGGAGGGCACCAUGCUCUCCACAGGAAACCACGGCAUGGUACCAGUCGAUGCCAUGCAGCCACUGCCAUACCCCUUCUAUCAGUGGUUCCUGAGGAAGUACCCAGGCUAUCCUGGAUGCUUGCCAACAGAAAAGGAACCAUUUGAACAUCCAAUUGUCACAGGUUCCUGUGUCGCAGUGGUCGACCACUGUCCAGUGGAGCCGGAGGAGCUUCAGCUGAGCCAAGGGGACAUUGUCGAGAUCCAGGGUCUGCUAGUCCGAGGCCUGGGCAUGUUCAUAGGAACACACACAUCCACGGGACGCACUGGUUUUAUACAAAAGGCCCACGUCAAACCUCUGGACACUAUGCCCCUAGAUGGACAAUUGGUCUUCCUGACUGCGGAGGAGAGGGUCAGCCUGGCCCAGGCAAACCCGUGCAGCUCUGAGCCAAGUGACAGCAGUCUGCUGGAAAGACUCUUCUCCUCUGACAUCAGCUCUGUGUACAGGCUAGACAGACUGGAUGAGACCGACUUCAUGUACAUCAGGAAUCAGCCAAAACAUGAUCACAAGGUUCCUUUGAGCACACGUCAGAGUGUCAUGUCAGAGAGAAGUGGUGGGACACCCCCAUACCAAUCCUCCCCACGCGCCUCCGUCUCUCACUCCUCUCCCCGCCUGUCCAUCUAUCCCUCCCAAAAUCCCCUACCCCGCGACGGGGAGCACAUGUCCUUUGCCCUGGACGACACUUUCAGAGAGCUGGACGAGUUACAGAACGGUCCAUCGCUCUUCUCCGAGGAGAACAGCUGGGAGGGGGAGGAGUCAGAGCUCAGUGACCCCACACUGACCCUGCUCAACCAUGAACACUUCCAGGAGGACUUCCUGCCUCUGUACGACCUGCGGUAUUCCUUCCUGUGGGUGACCUUCAGUGGUAAGACAGAGGAUGAACUCUCGGGUCACCUCGAGAGUGUCAGGGAGUGCGCGAAGAGGAUGGGCCUGAACUGGGCACAUCGACGAGCAUGCUUUCUCUUGGGAAGGCUCUGUGCUAAGAAGCUAAAGCUAUCACAGGCAAGGGUGUACUAUGAGGAGGCUCUGAGCGUUUGCGUGGACAGUUUCUCUGACACCCCGCUCCUCGUCGCUCUCUUGACAAACCUCACCGCCGUCUACCUGAAGCAGCGUAUGACGGACAAGCUGCCCCAGACUCUGGAGAAGGCCAGCGCCCUGCUCCUUUGUCUCCCCAGCCACACCUUCACCUCCACGGACGAGGUCGAGCUGCUGAAGCUGCUCCUGAGGAGAUCGGUGGUGAUAGGGGACAAAAACCUGGAGGCUCGCGUAUGCUACCUCAUCUCCAGCCUCUUCCUGCUUCUCAAGAAGACCGAUGAAGCUCUUCCCUUUGUGGAGAGACUCCAGUUUCUCUCAGUAACUCUCUCUGCUGCCGAGGGGCAGCCCAUAGUUCCUCUGGACCUCAAUUGGCUCUUGAGCUGGCUCUAUCAUCGUAAAUACAUGCCUUACUUAGCCCUGGCCUCUCUGAGCUUGGACUCAAGACAAGACCACUCCCUCCCUGAUGCCUUCCAGAGGAUUGAAUUGUUUAUCAGGAAUUCUGUUCGCCUGAACCCGUGCUGGAAGGAAGGAACCUCCUUGCUCCCUGCCCAGAUUGUGGUUUUCCUUCAGCAGGCCUUGGCUCUUGCUGAGCAGGGGGAAGACAUGAAGACCCAAAGGGACCUGUGUUUGGGCCUGGCCUCGGUCUACCAGCAGUAUAAUGCUCUAGACAAAGCUGUGCGCUGUGCUCAACAAGCUGUGGAGAUGGGUGGCCACAUCAAUGAGGAGGAGGGCUUUGAAGCCUCUGUCCUGCUAGGGUGGCUGCUGGUGUUGUCGGGACAAGCUGAGAGGGCCCAGAGCGUCCUACAUCCACUGCUCACAUCACUUCAGGGCACAGACAGUCCCACGCAGCGAGGAGUGAUUCACAACCUCUUGGCAUUGUGUUUAAGGCGACAGGGUCGAGUCCGGGAGGCAGGCUGGCACCUCCACUCAGCUUUGGUGAUCUCCAAGGAGAAUGGUAAUCAGAGGAACCAGGCCUUGGCCCUGUCCAACCUGGGCUGCCUGGCGCUGGAUGCAGGGGCAUCUUGGGUAGCAGAACGCUUCCUUGUCAGGUCACUGCACCUUUUUCUUGAGCUUUGGGAAAGCCCCACAGAUGAGGAGCAUGUUCAGACCUACCUUUGGAUGGGGCGGAGCUACAAAGACAGGGGGAGGAGUCAGGACAUCAGGGCGUGUUACGAAAUGGGACUGCUAAUUGCACUACAUGCCAGGAAUAUGCACAGUCAGAUGGUGGUGGCCAAGGUGCUGAGUCGGCUGUACGCUGACAUGCUGCUGUACGGUCAGAGCAUCGUCUACUUUGAGCACUGUGUGUCAGUAUCCAGAGAGCUGAAGGACAAGAGACUGGAGGGAGAGUACCUGGAAAUCCUCAGCAGCCUCUACCUCUCACUCAACACCGAGAGAUCAUCGCGUAAGUCCCUCGACUACACCAAGCAGAGCCUGAGGAUAUCUAUUGAUUUGGGCAGGAGAGAGGAAGAGUCAGAGACCUGGUUACAAGUGGGACGCAUAUAUUACCUCAUCCAGGAGGACGAGCUGGCUGAUAUGUACCUGCAGGCAGCAGUGAAGACGGCCCUGAGGAUGAAUGACCCUCACUUUGCCAUGAGCAUCUACGAGGAGGCAGGAGACGUCUACUUUAAAGGCCACAGAAAUCGGAUGUCUUCAUUGCCUUUCUUCAGGGAUGGCAGUCUGCCCUUUGCACGCAGCAUCAAGGACAUCCACUCGGAGUUUCGUUUGUUGAGUAAACUGACAGAGCUGUUGAUGAACCAGGGAGAGCAGGAGGAGGCUCUGCAGUAUGCCACACUGGCCGUCCAGGUCGCCAUUAAAACAGCUGUGCGUGUGAACGAGAGAGCAGCCUACCACCGGCUGGCCACAGUUUACUACAGCCUGCAGCAGUAUGAGUUGGCAGAAAACUACUACCUGAAGUCCCUGUCCCUCUGCCCCCCAGUCCUGCAGCACCGUACGGAGGCUGGCUACUUCACCAAGGUCUACUGCAGACUGGGAAAUCUCACCCUACACAAACUGAAGGAUCCGUUUGAUGCAGUGGGCUACUUCCACUUGGCUCUGGCAGCGGCCCUGGAGGACCAAGCUCAGCCUGAGGCUCUGUAUGUGGUGUACAUGAAGCUGGCAGAGAUCCACGGCAACCACAUGCCCGACACUCAGCUGUGCCAAGUUUACAGAGACAGAGCUCAGGGUCUGAAGAGAGUUCUGGCUGGAGCGGAAGCCACUGCGGCUGGAGAGGAGAACACGGACCGUGCAGAAGCGCGGCCUGACCAACAGGAACAGCUCAUGGAAGUUGAUCUGGGACACACAGAGAGCUUGAUGAAGAGAAAACACAUCUUUGACUCUAUACCUACAGAUGAAAAGUAUGAUGUUGACUUAGCCGCAGGAACAUGUGUGAGGCAUGUGGACAUUACGGGUGCAGAGGAGAACAUUCCUCAUGUGGAUGGUCCUGAGACAGACACCGUCGCCAGUCAGUCGUGCAGUGACAGUACAUUCACUGAGUCCUUUGAUACAGCGAAGGACCAGAUCUCAGACUCCAGCAGCUCCGCUGACACACUACAAACUUACCAGGAUCCAACAGGCGAGAAUGAUCCAGACGUUGAUACUGACGCCGGCGUGCCCAGUCGAAGACCUGUUUCUCCGACCAAUGACAUCCCAGGACACGCAGACGCUACAGACAUAGACACUCAGGAUGAACAAAACACCCCCACUAAAAGAACAGAUGCUAAUGCAGAUCCCAUUCAAAGAGACGCACGUCCACCUGAUUCUGACCAUACAGAGAAUGUUAGCAUGAAUCCAGACGAGACCGUAAAUGUGGACAACUCUUGCGACUGCACAGACACGGAUAAAUCGGAGACUGGAGACACGCAGAGUGAACACAUGGACUUGGACGUCUACAUCUAGUGGCACUUUUCUGCUCUUCACUGACAUUUCCCUUGUCUGGCCACAUGUCUGCUGACCAGCAAAAUGACUGCAACGUUCCAGCCACACGGCACUUAUUAUAGGACAGAUGAUGUCAAUAUUGUAAGAUUGUCAGAGAUUUAGUUAAUUCAAAGCAUGUGCCUUUUGUAUAAGAUACACUGUGGAUGAUACAGUGUACUGUGCUUGUAAUAUAUGAUUUCUCAUUGUUUUUGUAUCUCUGGAAGAUAUGACUUGAACAUAAAGAAUGUAAUUUUA